AUUGCGUAUACAUAGAGCUACGUAUUAGCUACCUUGGUAGAUAAGGGAGCUGUCUGCGGGGAGACGAAUUGGAGAUAGAAGCGAGGAAGCCCACCAAAGGCCAUCCAUCCACCCCCGCGGAGCUCUCCUGCCCCGCUUGCCGCCUACUUAGUGCAUUGGGAAAUUUUUCUCUCUCGCUUCCUCCCUCAACUCGAUACCAGGACAAGCCUUCUGCCACCAACUCCCACGACACCUACUCCUACACAAAGAAGAAAGCAGCUGGUUCGUUUGCCACGAUCGCUACCAUGGCUUCCAAUGGCAACAACGGGGCAGAGCCCAGCUACGCGCUCUCCAACACUCACAAGGAGAUGCUCGAGAAGUCUCUGGUCGAUUCCGACCCUCAGGUUGCCGAGAUCAUGACAAGGGAGAUCCAGCGCCAGCGCGAGUCCAUCAUCCUGAUUGCCUCCGAGAAUGUCACCUCGCGUGCCGUCUUCGACGCCUUGGGAUCGCCCAUGUCCAACAAGUACUCGGAGGGCUACCCUGGUGCUCGCUACUAUGGAGGAAAUCAGCACAUUGACGAGAUCGAGCUCCUCUGCCAGAAGCGUGCCCUCGAGGCAUUCCACCUCGACUCCGCGAGGUGGGGUGUCAACGUCCAGUGCCUGAGUGGCAGCCCUGCCAACCUGCAGGUCUAUCAGGCCAUCAUGCCCCCUCAUGGCAGGCUGAUGGGCUUGGACCUGCCCCAUGGCGGCCACUUGAGCCACGGCUACCAGACCCCCCAGCGCAAGAUCUCCGCGGUUUCCACUUACUUCGAGACUAUGCCCUACCGUGUCAACCUUGACACUGGCAUCAUCGACUACGAUCAGCUUGAGGCGAACGCCCAGCUGUACCGCCCCAAGAUCCUGGUCGCUGGUACCUCGGCCUACUGCCGCCUGAUCGACUAUGAGCGCAUGCGCAAGAUUGCCGACUCUGUUGGUGCCUUCCUGGUUGUCGACAUUGCACAUAUCUCUGGUCUCGUCGCCGCCGAGGUUAUCCCAUCGCCCUUCCUGUACGCUGAUGUGGUCACUACGACGACCCACAAGUCGCUCCGUGGUCCGCGUGGAGCCAUGAUCUUCUUCCGGAAGGGCGUUCGGUCGACCGACCCCAAGACCGGCAAAGAGACUCUGUAUGACCUGGAGGGCCCCAUCAACUUCUCUGUCUUCCCGGGCCAUCAGGGCGGUCCCCACAACCACACCAUCACUGCCCUGGCCGUUGCCCUGAAGCAGGCAGCCACCCCCGACUUCAAGGCCUACCAGCAGAAGGUCGUUUCCAACGCCAAGGCGCUGGAGAACAAGCUCAAGUCCCUCGGCCACAAGCUCGUCUCCGACGGCACCGACUCGCACAUGGUCCUCCUCGACCUGCGCGCCUUCCACCUUGACGGUGCCCGCGUCGAGGCCGUGCUCGAGCAGAUCAACAUUGCCUGCAACAAGAACAGCAUCCCCGGCGACAAGAGCGCCCUGACGCCGUGCGGCCUGCGCAUCGGCACCCCGGCCAUGACGAGCCGCGGGUUCGGCGAGGCCGACUUUGAGAGAGUCGCUGCCUACAUCGACGAGAGCAUCAAGAUCUGCAAGCAAGUCCAGGGAGCCCUGCCCAAGGAGGCCAACAAGCUCAAGGACUUCAAGGUCAAGGUUGCCAGCGGCGAGGUUCCCAGGAUCAACGAGCUCAAGAGUGAGAUUGCCGCCUGGUGCCAUACCUUCCCGCUGCCCGUUGAGGGCUGGCGGACGGAUGCCGGCAUGUAAGGCCGCGGCUAGCAUUUCGGCCAUGGCGAGAUGAGAUAUAUGCAGGGGGACACGAAGAUGAGGCAUGGUUCAACAAGAGGUAUAGAGAAAAACAAAAAGAAGGGAAAUUUGGGACCUUUUCAACUGGACCUGGGGAUACACAAGUUGUGUGUGCAAUUGGGAUUGGGCUAUUUUCAACAUCUGGCAUGAGAGAAUGUUGGGAUCAACCCCUUGGGAGGAAACAUCCGCGUAUUCACUCAACGAAAACUGAUCGGAAAUGGGAAACGGGAGAAUCGUUCUCGUCAGGGGCAUAUCUCAUAUGGCGUUGCAAUUACCAUGGGGGAGGGGGGUUCAAUCAUGGGCACACUUUAGCUCGGGGGCCAUGUGGAGUUUGAUUUUUUUGGCCUCCUGUUUUUGAGUUGGACUGCUUCAACGCAGCGUCGCGCUCUAUUUGAUAACAAUCCUCAUAUACAUUGGAAC